AUGGCUCUUCACCAAUCUUUUACUUCUUUUACGACGAGUCUUUUCAUCAAACGAGUCUCUUUUGAUCUCAAUUGUUCAUUUGUCCCUCCCGCUCUUAAAGUACAUGGCAGUGUAAGAAUGUCAAGUCAAACUAUUGUACGACGGUCAGGAAAUUACAAACCUCCUAUUUGGAAACCUGAGUUCAUUGAAUCAUUAAAAAGUGAAUUCAAGGGAGAAAUGUACGUAGAACGCUUGAAUGAGCUAAAGGAAGAGAUUGGUAUUAUCAUGAGCCAAAUAAUAGACGACCCUUUAAAGCAACUCGAGCUGAUUGAUAUUUUACAACGACUUGGAAUCUCAUAUCAUUUUGAGAAUGAGAUUAAGGAUGUGUUGAAAAGAACAUAUGAAAAGAGAUAUGAAGGUGAUGAUUGGAAAAAGAAUAAUUUGUAUGCAACAUCACUUGAAUUUAGACUACUAAGACAACAUGGAUUCAAAGUUUCACAAGAGGUUUUCAAUAACUACAACGAUGAGAUGAAAAACUUUAGCACACGACUCUAUGAAGAUUUAAAUGGAAUGUUAUCUUUGUAUGAAGCUUCGUUCUUAUGUAUAGAAGGUGAGAACAUUUUAGAGACAGCAAAACAUUUCACAAUCAACUAUUUGAAAAAAUAUAUGAGAUCGUGCAAGGAUGAACAUGAAGCGUCCAUUAUUAGACAUGCAUUGGAGUUUCCCUUACAUUGGCGAAUGUCAAGAUUGGAUACAAGAUGGUUCGUUGAUAUCUACGAGAGAAAAGUGGAUAUGAAUCCUAUUCUUCUUGAAAUUGCCAAAUUAGAUUUCAAUCGAGUUCAAUCUAUCCACCAAGAAGACCUGAAAUAUGCAUCAAGUUGGUGGAGGAGAACUGGAUUUGGCCAAAAGUUGAGCUUUGCAAGAGAUAGAUUGAUGGAAAAUUUCUUCUGGACCGUGGGUGUUGGAUUUGAACCCGAGCUCUCAUAUUUUAGAAGAAUGGCCACAAAAGUUAAUGCAUUAGUAACAACAAUAGAUGAUAUUUAUGAUUUCUAUGGCACAUUAGAUGAACUCGAGCUCUUUACCGACGCUGUAGAGAGGUGGGACGUUGGUGCAGUGGAUCAAUUACCUGACUAUAUGAAAAUAUGUUUUUUUAGUCUCCACAAUUCUAUCAAUGAAAUGGCUUUUGAAGCACUAAGAGACAAAGGAAUUAACGUGCUUAAAUACCUUAAGAAAGCGUGGGCAGAUUUGUGCAAAGCUUAUAUGUUGGAGGCUAAGUGGUAUCACACUAGCUAUAAACCAAUGUUGGAAGAAUAUUUAGACAAUGCAUGGAUUUCAAUAUCUGGACCAGUUAUAUUAGUUCAUGCAUAUGCUUUCGUGACAUCCCCAACGCUCCAAGACAUGGAGAGCUUGGUAGAAUAUGCUGAUAUAAUUCGUUGGUCUUCCACAAUUUUGCGACUUGCUAAUGAUCUAGGAACAUCAUCGGAUGAGUUAGAAAGAGGUGAUAUUCCGAAAUCGAUACAAUGUUACAUGAAUGACACGGGAGCCUCAGAGAGUAAAGCUCGUGAGCAUGUAAGGCGUUUGAUUGAUGAGACAUGGAAGAAGUUAAAUAAGGCUGAAGUUGAGAAUUCUAUCUUUCCUCAAUUGUUCAUCGAGAGAGCUAAAAAUCUUGCUAGAAUGGCUCAAUGCAUGUACCAAUACGGAGAUGGACAUGGCAUGGGGUACCAAGAAAUAAAUGAUCGUGUAAUGUCUCUAGUUAUUCGACCCAUUUCCACACAUUCAUAUAGUGAAUAA